CACCUUCAUCGCUAUAUACUGCAUACCAUACACUCAGUAAUAUUUUUUCACACUCUUAGUGUGUGUGUGUGAGUGAGUGAGUGAGGCAAAACUCUGUCUGCUACCAAAAUAGCCAAAGAUGGUGUCAACGGCAGCCACUCCUCCGGCAACCGCAGGCCGAAUACUGAUCAUCGGAGCAACCGGUUUCAUGGGUCAGUUCAUGACCAAGGCAAGUCUUGGCCUUGGACGCUCCACCUAUCUGCUUCUAAGGCCAGGGUCUCUCACUCCCUCCAAGGCUGCCAUUGUCAAAAGCUUUCAAGACAGGGGUGCUAAAGUCAUUCAUGGUGUUAUAAACGACAAGGAAUUGAUGGUGAAGAUUUUGAAAGACUACGAGAUAGACGUUGUCAUUUCACUCGUAGGUGGAGGAAAUCUCAUGGAUCAGCGUACACUUGUGGACGCCAUUAAGUCUGUAAAGACGGUCAAGAGGUUUUUGCCUUCAGAGUUUGGGCAUGAUACAGACAGGGCUAAUCCUGUGGAGCCAGGUCUAACAAUGUACAAAGAGAAACGGUUGAUUAGGCGAUUGAUUGAGGAAUCUGGGAUUCCCUACACCUACAUUUGUUGCAACUCCAUUGCUUCUUGGCCAUACCAUGACAAUUGCCACCCAUCCAAGGUUCCCCCACCUCUGGACCAGUUUCUUAUCUAUGGUGAUGGCUCUGUCAAAGCAUACUUUGUGGAUGGCAAUGAUAUUGGAAAGUUCACAAUGAAAGCCAUUGAUGAUAUCAGAACAAGGAACAAAAAUGUUCAUUUUCGACCCCCAAGCAACUGUUACAGCAUCAAUGAGCUUGCUUCUUUAUGGGAAAAGAUUAUUGGUCGCAAAAUCCCCAGAGCCAUCGUUUCAGCUGAAGAUCUUCUUGCUGCAGCUGCAGAAAAUUGUAUCCCUCGAAGCAUUGUAGCUGCGUUCACGCAUGAUAUUUUCAUCAAUGGUUGCCAAAUUAACUUCAGCAUAGAGGGGCCUAAUGACAUUGAGAUUGGGACUCUGUAUCCUGAUGAAAAAUUUCGAUGCUUGGAAGAAUGCUUCAAGGACUUUGUCCCCAUGACCCAUGACAUGAAUGUUCAUGUUGGAACAACUGAAAUUAACAACAACAGGAAGUCUUUGGUAGAGGUAGCGCCAAUCACUGCUAUGGGCUGAAACACAAUCAAGUUAAUUAUGAUAUUCCAUUAUUCACAGAAUUUGGUGUGGCAGAAAUUCAUAAUCAGAAUCAUAUGAUAAACCAUUAUGGUCUCAUCACCCUGUUUAUCUGCAUUUACCUCAAUAAGUUAAUAAAUUUCACCCUAUUGAAGUUUGCUUUCAUUAUUCUAAUAAAUUCUGUAUUAUUGGUGUAAACCUUUGUAAUAUUUUCAGAUUUACUACCAUUGUGCAUAUGAUUGGAUCAUAUGCUCCACAUGCAUGUAUGGUUGAGAAUUACUUGUGAUUUAAUUUAAUGCCAGUGAUUUUACUAUGCCCUUAUAGAUAAA